AUGAGUCGAAACGCCGAAAUUCGGGGUGUGGACUACGUUUUUGGAGGUUUAAUGGGUAUUAUUAUUUUUAUUACUGUUUGCGAAUUCGUCCAGUUAACUGGCUGCUGGCUCGAAAGUCCAAAGGACAGGAUCCGUUUGGGUUGGCCCACGGACUUUGAAGGUGACAGAAGCGUCGUUCCCUGGGCGCUGCAGGAGGAGAACUGUGAGGAGAUUAAUUACAUGAACAAAAAGAUGUGGAAGGACGAGGAGUUUGGGUUCCCGGAAAGGAUGGAAGAGGAGGAAACGUUGGAUGAAAUCGUGGUGGUUUCUUUUGAGCUUGGGGCACUCGUGAUAUAG